UGCCUUAAAAUGGUCAAGGUUGAGAAACACUGCUCUAAAGCAAGAGUCUUGAAUCCCAGGGCGGGAGCCCAGAACUGGGCCAUGGCCCGUUUGGAACAGGGCGGCGAAAACGGCGGACGGGCACGCUUCUGCGCGCAGCUCUAUUUAUGCGAGUGACUGGCACGCGCGCCACCCGCUGCUCACACAGAACCAUUUCCUCUCUCCCCCCCCCCGCAAAGCCGGAAAGGUUGGGGAUCCCUGCUCUACAGCCCCGGAUGGGAGAAAAGGAGCUAAAUCUCCCCACGUCCUCCCCCUCUCGCGGUAUCUUAAGGCUCGUCGUGGCCGUUUUUCCUAUAAGGGGGAAGAAAGGGGCGCCUCUAGUGCCUGGAGCGUCGCGGCUCGUCCCGCCUGGCCCUCGUCGUCCCGCCUCUGGGUGGCUGUGUGAAUGCCGGUGGCGGUAAUCGCGUCGGGCUGAGAAAAGCUUUCAGCCACGGGCCGAGUUUCUCUGGCCGCCCGCUUUCCCGCUCUGGUGGGCGAGGCUGAGGGCCUCGCAGAGGGAGUCGGAGGAAGACGCAACAUCCGAUGGCGGCCGACGUGGAGGCGUCGCUGGAGCUGAGUCUGUCGGGCAGUUACGCGGGCCCCGGAUCCUGGCCGCCCGCACGCUCCCGCAUUUUCAAGAUCAUCGUGAUCGGGGACUCCAACGUGGGGAAAACGUGCCUCACCUACCGCUUCUGCGCGGGGCGCUUCCCCGAGCGCACGGAAGCGACUAUCGGGGUAGACUUCCGCGAGCGAGCCGUCGACAUCGACGACGAGAGAAUCAAGAUCCAGCUGUGGGAUACAGCAGGACAGGAACGUUUUAGGAAGAGUAUGGUGCAGCAUUAUUACAGGAAUGUACACGCAGUUGUGUUUGUAUAUGAUAUGACAAAUAUUGCUAGCUUUCACAGUUUACCACUGUGGAUUGAAGAGUGCAAGCAACACUUGCUCACCAAUGAUAUACCCCGGAUUUUGGUUGGAAACAAAUGUGAUCUGAGGAAUGCGAUUCAGGUGCCUACAGAUGUGGCUCAGAAAUUUGCUGACACUUAUGGUAUGCCACUAUUUGAAACUUCUGCCAAAAACCCAAAUGACAAUGACCAUGUGGAAGCCAUAUUCAUGACAUUGGCUCAUAAGCUAAAGAGCCACAAGCCACUCAUGCUUAGUCAGUUACCAGAUAAUACAGUUCACUUGAAACCAGCAUCAAAACCUACAAUGACAUGUUGGUGUUAAUUUGCAGUAUAUUUGCAUUCAGCAUUGUAUUAUUCUCUUUGCCAGAGCUUUAAGAAUGCAAUGUUUUGAUUUAAUAAGAAUUAACUUCUGCUAGGCACUUUAUUCAGUUGUUUCAUAUGUAGAAGUUUAGUAUGUGCACUUGGUAAGCUGCAGCAUCUAAAUCAGGGGUGUCAAACUGCUGGCCCGCGGGCCGGACACGUCAUCCAAAAGCCGCGCCCACCCCAUUGCCGGCACUGGCAAAACCAUCCCGAUGCGUUGCGCAACAUCACAUGACAUCACAAGUUUGACAUGUCUGAUCUAAAUGAAUGACAAAGUUUAGGGAACUGUUUUUGUUUUUAGGGAUUUUUUUAAUCUGUACAAAUAGAUUGUUUUACAGAAAAAAUGGUCUCUUCAUUUUUAGAGCUUUUCUCCAAUACAGUGUGGAUAUUUAAAAAUGUAUUAAGUCAGAUCUCUGCCUUUAUUGUUUAGCUUAAGAAUACUAUCUUUCUAUGGAGGCCCAAAAAUCAGUUUAACAUUAUAAUCCUAAUUAUUUGGUACAUAGUUUUAUGAAAAUACAAUGGAAGAAAGGUUCAAUAUGAAUAAAGUAUUAGAAAUCUUUCCCCUUCAUUUCUUUCCAUUUAAAAUUUUAAGUUCAUUAAUUUUAGAAAUAAAUUAUGUAUACAGUGAUUUUUUUUCUAUUUUAAUUUCUGCUUGUAUUGAAUGUUUCGAACUUUUUCUGUUUUGUAUAUAUACAGGAACAAGUGAUGGUUAUUCCCACUAUAGUGUUCCUUAUAAUUGUUACAUUUUUCAAGAUAAGAGGAAAAGAAUGUGAAUCACCUGCAUAUUAUUGGAAAUAAUACUGAAAAUUGUAGCUUAUUUUCUUGUAAGAUGGUUACAUUACUCUAGAGGUACAGCUAGUACCGUGUUUCCCCAAAAGUAAGAUCCAGUCUUACUUUCUUUUGAGCUCUGAAAUAAGCACUAGGCUUACUUUUGGGUAGGGCUUUUACUGGUACCAGCAGGCCGCAAACGCACGGGACAGGGCUUGUGCAUGGGGUGGAGAUGCAACACAGCAGCAAGACUUGGUAGAGGACCAAGUACCAGGGAGGGCAGGGCGCAUCCCCUUCCUGUGCCAGUCCAGCCCCUGCAGCCCCAGGGUGGCCACGCUGGGCAUCAGCGGGAAGGGUGCCAAGGUGGGGGUGGCCAGGCCAAUGUUCCUUCGGCUGAAGCAGUGAGGUCUUUGCCCCGGGAAGGCCGCCUUCCUGUCCAGGCCAGACCCACCUGAGAGGUGAAUGAGGAGGCGGCAGCCCAGGACCAAAGUGGCAGGUGGAGCACCGGAGGCUCGGGGAGGGCUCUUGCCUCCUGCUUUGCAGCUCCAUUGCAGUUCUCUGCUGCUGCAGAGCUGGAGAGCUUGCCAUACCACCACCCAGAUGUCCUCGCUUGCCUCAGGAAUUUCAUGUCUUUAUUUACCUGACUUCCAGUCCUGUCCCAUUUCUCUUUCAUACUUCUCUGCUGCCGUGUGCAGGAAAACAAAAGUUUGGGGAGGGGUCAAUCAACAAAUUCCAACCAAUUUCCCCCCCCCCAAAAAAAUUGCCCCACCCAACUUUUUCUGUUUUUUUCCCUAGGGCUUUGCAUCUCCAGUUAGGGUUCGGGAGGGAGUGGGGGUUAGGGUUACCAUAACCACAGGAGGCCUGGCUACGGCCUCGCAUGGGUCAGAUGGGGGGAUCCGCCAAGCCUCAUGACAUUGCCGCGUUGGGUGAGAUGCGGCAAAUGACUGCAGCUGGCCGAAACUGGCUGCGGAACAAGCCAGGUGGCAGUAAGGGACCGGUAUACCGUUGGUUAGCAGGGCACAUAUAUUAAUAGACUGUAUAUUACAAGCUUUUUGCAGUAUUACUAGUAGUAGACAUGUUGUGUGCAUCCUCCUAAUAAGCCAAAAUAUGAGCUUGAUUUGAAGAUGAAAAAUGGAAGAUAGACUUCCAAAUUAAAAGAUUUAACAUUGCAGAAUUCAUAGCAUAUUUAAUGAAUCAUAAACAAGUGCUAGCCAAAAUUGUCUGUUUCCUUCCAUUUAUUUUAAAAUAGUUGAAUCAGCAACAUCAUACAAAGAUACCAAUGCUUAUAUCAUUUAACAAUUAAAAUAUGGAAGGGACAGCAUAAAAUGGGGAAAGAAGAAAUCUAUUUAUGUAAAAUUAAUGUUCAGAAAUUGCUGAAAGGGCUCUUUAAAACUUUGUUAUUGUUUUAAGAGGCUUCAGUGAUUUUGCACAUAAACGCUCCUCCUGGGAAAGACUGAAAAGAUGAGCAGGCAUCUGAUGAUCAUUGCAUAAGUUGCACGACUUUAAAUUCUUCUCUUUUGGCAGGCAGAGAUCAUGGUGCAUACUUUCAGCUCACUGCUCAAGCAGACCUUUAGAUUUUUAUAUAAAUCACAAGUAGAUAAUCAGCAACUUUCUGUUAAAGUAGCCAUUGUAUAAGUUUUUAUUGGUUAGCUAGAUUUAUUUCUGUUUAUUUUUGUACAGUCAUAAAACAAUUCUAGGAAAAAGACAUUCUCUUUUGGAUGAAAUCCAACAAUGCCCAGACAGUUUCUUGUCUGGUUACAGCUGUUCCUAGACAUUCAGUAGGCUUGAGAUAUGUUGAGCAGGACACAUUGGGCAAAUGAAAGGUCCAACUCAUCUCAGUGACUUUACUAGACACUGUAGGAAUAUACAAUUGGAUUUCAUUGUUUAUUGAUGCCUUAUGAACACACUGUACUUGACUUUUGGGAAAAACAAAAACCCAUUUAUAUAUCAUUUUGCAUUUGUACUUUUCUUUAAUUCAAAAGGAAAACCAAAGCAGCUAAUAAUUGGAAUAGUGCUUAUUAUCUGAACUGUUAGCAAGUACGGCAUUAAAAAUUUGGCCCAAGGAGAAGAGCUAUCCUUUUAACAUUAGUAAAAUGUGAAUUGUGAAUUGUGUAGAGAUUUAUUCCUAUCUAUUCAAUAUAUUUAAUGGAUAUUAUAUUUAAACUUAAUGUUCCAAUUGUCCUGUGUGUUCAAUUUUGGGUUAGAUUAAUGUUUUGGGAGCACAAGCCAUGAGACUAUAGGAUUUUAAUGAAAGAAAAUGGUAUCUGUUAUUUAUUAACGCUUAGAAGAACAAUGGCCUAAUUAUCAUUAACUUGUAAUGUCUGUUCCUCAAAAAUGAAAAUUCUUAAAAGUGUUUAUCUUUUGUACUCAUUAUUAGGGCAGCUACAAAAGUUAAAUAUAGUAAUACUAUUAGGUAAUUGUCAAAUUAUAUGUAUUCUAUUGCAAGUUAAUAUACUGUUGUAUAAGAUUGUAACAUUUCAGAUUAGAAAGUAUGUUGAUUGCACAAGUAGAAUAAAAUACAGAGAAUGCAGUACAUUUGCAUGGUUGGCCAAAUGUGUAAAUGGAUUGUGUUCAAAAAUUUUAGAUUCCCCUCCCCCAAGUCAUUUGUGUACUAUUUAUUUGCAUAGCAAAUAUGGAAGGCUUUUUAUGCUUGAAAUAAGGGAUUUUUGUAAUAAUCACUUUAAGCCUUAAUUAUAAUUUUGAUUUACAUACUGUCCAGGAAUAAUCUUUUUUAAGAGCUUUAAUGAAAUGUUCUUAAAAUAUUUUUCAAAUGAGAUUACACUUUAGAGAAUUUACCCGCUUACUUCAUAUGCAUAAUCCAUGUUUUAAAAAAGUGUAGAAGUUUCACUAAUGAUGUAAGACAGGGGUGUCAAACUCGCUGCAUCACAUGACGUGUUGCGACGGAUCAUGACUUUUUCCCCCUUGCUGGAGCUGAGGUGGAUGUGGCUUCUACAUGACGCAUCCGGCCUGUGGGCCGGCAGUUUAAGAUGUAAGAGCUUCAUUACCUCUUAGUAAAAACCUUUGAAAUUCUUACUUUGAACUAAUAUAAAUAACAGUAUCAUAAUAUUGAUAAAGUUCAACUUUAUAACAUUGUUUCACCACAAUUUAUUUUUAUAGGAUUACCAUACAGAUACUGUUUUGAAUGCAAAGUGCUUUUUAGGUUUUUUUUUCUCUAACAUAAUUUGCUUUACUUUCCUCUUUAAAUGAAGGAUCACCUGUCAAACUAGUACAGCAUUUUAAAUCAAUAAAUGCUACCAAAUAAAAUUCCUUUUCUGUA